GUGUGUGGGUGUGUGCGUGAGGGUCACGUCGCCACCCUGGAGGCGGAGCCAGCAAGUCUCGGCUGGAAGGGCCCCCCAGGACCCCCCUCAGAGCCACACGGUCCUCCCUCUGUUGGUCCCGUGGGGUUCCCAAACCCGGCCACUCCGAGUACAUUUUCAGGGCCUUCUACUCCAACAUUCAAUCCAGUUGGUCCAUCUUUAAAUAGACCCUCUCCAGGUCCCACCACAGGACCUGGUUCUCAAGGGCCUGCCAAUUCAGGGACUUACACUGCGGCCCCAGGGGGCCCACAACCUUUCAACACGCCUCCCAAUUCCUUUACGGGGCCCCCAACAUCAGGAGGCCCCCCAUCAGUUCCAUUUCCUGGCUCACCUGCACCAUCAAAUGCAUCAUCAACGCCAGGACCUGGAGGGCCAUCUCCCUUCCCUGGUGCUCCUGGGGGAGGUCCUCCGACAAGCAUGGCUCCAACAAGCAUGUCUGGGCCAGGUCCAUCACCUAUGCCAUUCCCCUGUUCAUCAAACUUUAGCUCUCCAACACCUACUGGACCCCAUAUGAAUGGGCCUAAUAACACAUUAGCUAUUAUGAGCCAACAGCAGAUGGUGAAUGGUCCUCCAGGCCACCCAGGGCCAUUCCCAGGCCCAGGAGGAAUGGGACCAGCAUCUGGAUUUAGUGGACCAGGAGGACCAUUUGGUCCAGGUGGCCCACCAUUUGGUCCAGGGGGUCCUCCAGGUGGACCAAUGCAUGGACCCAUGCAUGGUCCUAUGCAUGGACCUCACCCUAUGAUGGCACAAUUGGGACCUAUGGAUCGCAUGGAUCAAGGGUAAGCAUUUCAUGGCAAGUUUUAGUUUCAUUACUUCUGGCAGUGUGAUAUUGUAGAAAUUUUUUACCUGUUUCACCUUCUGAAUUUAUUAGUACAAUGGUUCAUCAUGUGAAAUGUUAAUAUGUUAUUAAAAAUAAGUACGUAAUAUGUAUAUAUGUUAUAUUCAUGUAUAGAUAGAUAUAUUCAUGUAUAGAUAGAUAUAUUCAUGUAUAGAUAGAUAGUCUUCACAAAAAAUCUUUGAAACACAACCCCAUUUAAUGAUCAUAUAUGCAUUUGGACUUUCCAUUUUUAACAGAAGCAAACCGAGUUUCCUUAUUUUAUCAUUCUUGUUGGGCAUAAGCAAAUCACCUCUGCUAUAGGUGCAAAAUAUUAUGCCAUUGAUGGGAAAAUGAUCUUAAUAAGAACUGGGUAGUACAGACUUGGCUUGUAGAAUUCAGUUGAAGGACAACCCGAUUAUUUCUUUGAUGGCUGCUUUUGUCCGUUUAACUGUGUGGCACUUGUUUAUCAAGUUUUCUAGUCUUGAGAAGUGAGAAGUUUCUUUCUUUGAAGUGCCGAUAUAUAAGGAUGGUAGCUAACUUUAUUUUAAAAGGUCUUGGAGAGGUUAUUGUGGAUAAAUAGAGCAGGGUCUUUUACGUUUGAGAUUUUGUUUUGCAAAUGUUGAGUUUAUAGUCAGUUGUCUAUCAGUGUAUAGAUAUAUUUAGAGAUUGUUUGUAAAUGAAAAAUGUAUUAAGUAUUUAUAAAUCAUGUAUAGAUUGAAUGCCUGUUAUGAAAUUUCGUUUAUAAAUGAAAAAUGCAUUAAGUAUUUAUACAUCGUGUAUGGAUUGAGUGCCUGUUAUGAAAAAUUUCAAGCUUUUUUUUCCUUCUAGUUUGAUUUAUUUAUAACCCACAUUGAAGACCAUAGUUAUUGUGGCACCAUUUUAUAUAAGUAAUUCAGUCAGUUAUUUGUUGGGUUUCCCAUGUGGUCCAGGUAUUCAUGUACUCAAGGUGUCUGUGACCUGCUAACUGGUCAAAAUUAUUUUGUUUUUGUAUCGGACUUGAUCAUUUGACCAUGAGUAUUGGUUGAAUACCAAGUGUUAAUCACUCAAAUUGUUUCACUGGAGUGCAUUUAUUUUUCAAAAAAGCAUGGCAGUGUAUAGUAAAAUGAUCCCAUAUAUAAUGCCAAGGGUUUGUAUGU